UGGUGACUCACCAACCUCGACAGAACCACCAAAUUUUUCCCAUCUUUAAAAUGUCCGUGGACAGUUUAAUUACGAAAUUGAAAGGGCUUGCUACUGAAGAGGUAACUUUGUUACAGCAUGCUAAGGUCUCGAAUGGUUCUGCUUGGUCUGAAGCAUUGUCUUCUUUGAGCAAUGUUCCUGCUCACGCCUUGACCAAGACUGUUGUUUUGAAGCCAAAAACUGCCAAGUCUCAGACUGUAGUUCCUAUUCUUGUAGUCGCUUUAGAAUCUACUGCCACUCCUUCUGGCGCUGCUGCCAAGGCCGUCGGUGCCAAGGAAGCUCGUUUAGCCGCUGCUGAUUUGGUGGAAGAGGUUUUUGGCAUUCCUCCCGCGGACAUUGGUGUUUUCUCUGUAAAUGAACAAAAUGCCGCAAAGGUUCACGUUGUUUUAGAUAAAAACCUCAUUAACCACGGAGGUCUUUUGGCUGUCCACCCUUCUUCUAGCGAGAAGACUAUUUUCGUCUCUGCUGCCGCUAUUGAAACUUAUUUGAAGUCCAUCGGCGCUACUCCCGUCGUUGUUGAUUUCUCUGCUCCCGCGGCUAAGCCCUCCCAAGCAUCAAAGCCUGAUGCUACCCAAAAGAAGACGGAGGUUUCGAAGAAUGAUGCCGCCAUUGAAAACGCCGCUUUGAUUGGUAUCACUGUUCGCAAAGACGUAGAUUUCGCUAACUGGUACCAACAAGUUCUCACUAAGAGUGACAUGAUUGAGUACUAUGACAUUUCUGGUUGCUACAUUUUGAAACCCUGGUCUUUUAGCAUCUGGGAGGCUAUUCAACUAUGGUUCGACAAGCAAAUUAAGAAACUUGGUGUUCGUAAUGGUUACUUCCCUCUUUUUGUGUCUUCAAAGGUUUUGGAGAAGGAAAAGGAUCAUGUUGAAGGUUUCGCUCCUGAGGUCGCUUGGGUUACUCGCGCUGGUAGCACCGAGUUAGAUGAGCCCAUUGCUAUUCGUCCUACCUCCGAAACUGUUAUGUAUCCCUAUUAUGCUAAAUGGAUUCGAAGCCAUCGUGAUCUUCCUCUCCGUUUGAACCAAUGGAACUCUGUCGUUCGUUGGGAAUUCAAGAACCCUCAACCUUUCUUGAGAACCCGUGAGUUCCUUUGGCAAGAAGGUCAUACCGCUCACUUGACCUUGGAUUCUGCUAACGAAGAAGUUUAUCAAAUUUUGGAUUUGUAUGCUCGUGUUUACAGUGAUUUGUUGGCCGUUCCUGUUAUCAGAGGUGUCAAGAGUGAAAAUGAAAAGUUUGCUGGUGGUAUGUUCACUACUACUGUAGAAGGUUACAUUCCUACUACUGGUCGCGGUAUCCAAGGUGGUACUAGUCAUGGUCUUGGUCAAAACUUUUCUAAGAUGUUUAACAUUGUCGUUGAGGAUCCUAAUGCUGAAGUUGGUCCCACUGGAGAGCGUCCUAAGCUCCAUGUCUGGCAAAACUCUUGGGGUCUUUCCACUCGUACCAUUGGCGUUGCUGUCAUGGUUCAUGGUGAUGAUAAGGGUUUGAAGUUGCCACCUCCUGUUGCUUUGGUUCAAACCGUCAUUGUUCCUUGUGGUAUCACCAACAAAACCACUGAUGAAGAACGAAAGAAUAUUGAAGGUUUCUGUGGACAACUCGCUUCCCGUCUCAUUGACUUUGACAUUCGUGCCGAAGCUGACUUACGUUCUUAUACUCCUGGUUACAAGUUUGCUCACUGGGAAAUGAAGGGUGUUCCUCUUCGCCUUGAAUUUGGACCCAAUGAUGCUAAGAAAAACCAAGUCACUGCUGUCCGUCGUGAUACUUCUGAAAAGGUUGCUGUUCCCUUGUACAAUCUAGAAGAAAGAGUUUCUGACUUGUUGAAGACUAUUCACAAUAGCAUGUAUGAGACUGCCAAGAGAGAUUUCGAUUCUCAUGUUGUCCGUGUUAAGAAAUGGGAAGAGUUUGUUCCUGCUUUGAACAAGAAGAAUCUCGUUCUCAUUCCUUGGUGCAACACUACUAAAUGUGAAAAAGAUAUUAAGAAAAAUAGUGCUCGUCAAGUUAACGGUGACGAACCUGAAGAUGAAAAGGCUCCUAGUAUGGGUGCUAAGAGUCUUUGCAUUCCUUUGGAACAACCCACCGGUGAAGAUGCCAUCGUUGAAAAUGUUACGAAGUGUGCUGCCUGUGGUUCUCAUGCAAAGGCUUGGGGUCUCUUUGGUAGAAGCUAUUAAGGCAUUGGAAUUGUUUUGGAUAGAAGUGUAUAAUAUAGAAUUUAUAACCAUUCUUUUUUUGAGUUCAAUUAAUUUCCUAAUGUACUUGGUUUUUUGCUACGUUAUAGUGAAUAAAUAAGCGCCUGAUAGCUCAUGUAAAUGCUCAACCAAAACCUGAC